AGAAGAAGCCGAGAGUGCAAGGAAAAGGAAGAAGGACGAAGACCAACAAGUUGCCAACCCAAUCAACCCAAUCAACCCGAACUCAAACCCAAACCGAUUCCCCGGAAGUGAAAGCAGCAAAACGGCAGCCGUGGAUACCAACGCGCUGCGCAGCUCAGCCACUGUGAAAGUGACGUCGGCGCCGCUGACGACGCUGCCCCCCUCGACGACGACGACGACGCCCCUGACAAUUUGUCAGCCGCCCCCGCCCACUCCGCCCUACCAGCGGCUAACCAAAGCGCUGCAAUGCGAUCCCCGUUGCGGUCACGAGGUAACCAUCGGCCGUCGCAUUGGCCUCUACAGAUUUUGUGGCGACAUCGGACGCGGCAACUUCUCCAAAGUGAAGCUCGCUGUCCACCAGCUAACGCGUGACAAAGUGGCCAUUAAGGUGGUGGAUCUAGAUCGGGCCGGACUCGAUGCCAAGGCUCUGCGAAUGCUGUCCAGCGAAAUAGCCACUCUCGAGUGUGUUCAUCAUCCAAAUAUACUGAGGCUUUUCGAGGUGGUUGAGACCCUGGGGCGGGUCUAUCUGGUCACGGAGUGGAUUCGCGGUGGCGAGCUAUACAACCACAUCACCCAAGGCGGUCCUUUGAGGGAGAUUCAUGCGGCUCCCUUGCUGAAACAGCUCCUGCUGGCUGUCAAACAUAUGCAUAGUUUGGGCUACGUGCAUCGGGACAUCAAGGCGGAGAAUGUCCUGCUCCUCUCGGAGGAUCGCCUGAAGCUGGCCGAUUUCGGUUUCAGCACCCAACUUAUCAAUGGUGCCAAUCAAAAGCUCGACACGUUCUGCGGCUCGCCUCCGUAUGCGGCGCCCGAGCUCUUCUCCGACGACCACUACAUCGGCGCCCCCGUGGACGUGUGGGCCCUGGGCAUCCUGCUCUACUUCAUGGUCGUCGGCAACAUGCCCUUCCGGGCGCCCACAAUUCCCGGCCUGAAGGCGGCCAUUCUCAAGGGCGACUAUCUGCUGCCCGGCCAGCUCAGUUUGCCCUGCAUAAGACUUAUACAACGCAUCUUGAUCCACAUACCCGUCCAGCGGCCCACCAUAGAUGACAUGCUAAAUAGCCAGUUUAUAACCUGUCCCAAACUGAGUGCGGAUCUGAUGCAGUGGGAGAUCAACCAGCACAGCAAGCCAGUGAAGCGAUCCAUCUUUUGGGUGCGCAGCAAGUCCCAUCGGCUGAGGAAGUCCGCCUCCCUGAGGGAUCGAUACGCGGAGGUGGUCAAGAAGCCGGCCAUAAGCAUGAACACGCGACAGCAGGACGAGAUGUUCGUGCAUAACUUCCUGCAGCCGAUCGAGGUUGGCCACGAACUGAUGCUCCAGGGAUCGGGUCAGCUGAAGGAGCCACAGUCCACCGAGAACGCCAAGCGUCCGACCAGAAGGUACAUGUUGUGCGGAAGUCUCAAGAAGAAGGUCACUCCGAUGGAAACGGAGCCGGAGAAGCAGUUGGCCAACGGCGGACAGUGCGGAUCGGCCAAGAUCAAUCCGUGGAAUGUGGAGGUGGCCGACGAUUGUCCGCUGUUCAAGAACUACGAUGCGGAGACGGGCAGUUGCAUCAUGUUGCCCACGAACACCGAGGAUCUCAGCCAACUGGGAGCCCUGGAGUUCGAGGCCAGGCAAAUACUCGCCGAACUGGGACUCUCCUCCGAGAUGCUGAUCAACGCCAGGCAGAGUGGACCCCGUUCCGACAUCAUUGGCGCCUACAGGAUCGUGGUCAAUCGGCUGCAGAAGCAAUCCUGGCUGGCAAGGAAACACGUCGAGAUGGCCCUGCACAGCGAGCCAAAGGUUGAGAAACGGGUUGAUAGAUCGUGCUGCAUACUCUAAGACAUCCGCGAAUAGUUGUUGAACGUUUAUAUUACUCUCCUCGUUCUGGUGGAUCCGUAGGUUUCCCCAGAGAGAAAGGCAAACUUGGGUUUCGGUGGCAUUUAGCCAGGAAUAUGGGUCACUCAAUACCCCUUCUUUGGAAAACGAAUGCCGCGGUUCAAAGAACUUUAAGCUUGAGCCCCGCAAAUCAGGUUUACCAAAAAGUAGCUCAAAGAUCUGCUCGACAAGCGUAGUUUAAACCAGCUUUUCCAAAAGGAUCCCAGUUGUAAUGGCAGUCUCCCUCUUUCGUUCACACCGAUGGUUGAAAAUAUGUAGAUUUUAAAACUACAGAUUAGUGAUACCAAAUGAAAUUAGAAAUUUAUUUUGUGAAUAUUAAAACCAAUUGGGAAAAAUUCAUUUAAGAACUAAAUAUUUAACUAGAGAAGUUGAAAUAUUGGAACUUAAAAACAUAGAUGGUUGAAACUUCUAAUUAAAAAACAAAGGAUAGAAAGGGAAGUAGAAUAAAAACAGGAAGAGCUCCCAGAAGAUAUUUAACUGAGCGGCCAAAAUAAAUCAGAUGGUUUGGAAAAUCUGAGUUUGCCUUUCUGUGGGGUUCAAGCCGGUAGAUCACAGGACAAGCCCAAUUGCCCAAUUAGUGUCAAUUUGCCAUCUGCAUAGGCGCGAGUUUGUUGUUACCGUAGAUUCCUACAUUCUUUCCUUGGUUACUCAUUCGAGAAAGUUCCUUAUUUCGCGUAGCCUCAGUUUGUCCAGCCGUCGAGUCCAUAGCGAGACGGAUAGCAAAGUUGAUAUAUACAUAUAUAUAGAGAUAUAUACAUAUAGUCCAAGUAUUAUGUAUUUAGUUGUUGGUCCAUUUUUGAGCAUAUACAGACGAAUAUACGAAACGAAUAUGAAUAUUAUGAAUACAAACAUAUAAAUACACACUUGGCUAAGGCGA